UACUCACACACACAAGGGCGGGUCAGGCAACUCAGUGUCUUUUUUCUGCAGCUGGAAGUUUGGUGAGUUUUGGGAGUCUCAGGCUCGAGUGUCAUCAUGGUGACCACGGAGACGCACCAAAGCCAGGACCUCCUGGUCCCCCAACAGGACCAGGCCCAGGAACCGGAGCAGGACCUGGACCAGGACCAGGACCAGGACCAGGAGGAGCCCACGUCGCCCUCAGCCCUGCUGUCAGGACUGGACCUGGAGAAGAUGAGUCAGGGGCCGGUGAACGCCAUCACGGUCCUCACGCUGCUCGACAAGCUGGUCCACAUGCUGGACGCGGUCCAGGAGAACCAGCACAAGAUGGAGGUGCAUCAGGUGGAGAUGGAGGGCGUGGUCCGGGGGAUCCAGGCCGACAUGACCAAACUCUCCAAGAGCCACAGCCACACGUCCAACACGGUCAGCAAGCUGCUGGACAAGAGCCGCAAGCUGUCGGUCACCAUGAAGGAGGUUCGCGACAGGAUGGAGCGCCAGGGCGUCCAGGUCAAGAAGCUGGAGGCCAACCACGCCCACCUGAUCCACAGGAACAACUUCAAGGUGCUCAUUUUCCAGGAGGAGAACGAGAUUCCGGCCACUGUUUUUGUGAAGGAUCCUCCGCCGUUUCCUCGCGAUGAGAUUCCGGAGGAGGGCGAGGAACCGGCCGCUGGAACCGUCGACGGGAACCAGUCCCAGGAGGGCGGCCUCCACACCAUCGACCUGUCGUCCGACGAGGACGUGGGCCUGGAGGCGGAGCUGGAGGACGAGGAACCGUGGCCUCAGGAUCUGGAGAACAUGGAGAAGUCGAGAGCCGAGAAACUGAAGCGCUCCAGUCUGAAGAAGGUGGACAGUCUGAAGAAGGCGUUCUCCAGGCAGAACAUCGAGAAGAAGAUGACAAAGAUCGGGACGAAGAUCGUCUCUGCGGAGCAGCGCGAGAAGAUCAAACAGAAGACGUCCAGUCUCAAGGUUUCACCGCUGACCUUCAGCCUGAAGAAGCCUCGCAGCAGCUCCGACUCUCAGCCUCCGGAAGGCUCCUCUCAGGUGGAGGAGGAACACGUCCAGCUCUCGCCGCUGGGCGGCGCCGGCGAGGAGCUGCCUUUCACCGAGGUUCACGCCCAGCUGGCACCGGCCGACCAGGAGGAGGAGCUGAAGGAGCAGGCGGAGGAGGAGGAGGCGGAGGAGGCGGAGAAGGAGGUGGAGAAGGAGGUGGAGAAGGAGGACGCCCCGGUGGUGGUGGAGGCGGAGGUCUCCGUGUCCUCAGAAGGAGUCGGUGAGGAGUACGCUCUGUCCGCCACCCUCCCUCAGGAGGAGAAGGAGCCCAGAGGAGCAGAGGAGGAGGAGGAGGAGGAGGAGGAGGAGGAGUAGGCCUCCAUCAGAUGAAUGGAGGUUAGCAAAACAAACCUGAGCUGUAAUCUUCACCACAUCUUCUCAAAGGGACCGAACAACCCCUCCAAAACAUUCCCUUCUCCCCAGCUCUCAAACGUUCCUACGAGGAGAAUUCAUUUCCAUCCAGCAUUCCUUACACAGCGCACGCAGAGAGAAUCUCCUGGAGCUGGCAGAACCAUCCCUCUAGAGCCAGAGCUCAGGUUUGUUUUGUGGUGGAGAUGCGGCUUCUCCGCCAUGGACCUUCACACAGAUCACAUAUCGAUUAUUUGUGCUGAUAUCUAGAGCCUCAAACUUUAUAUCUUUUGAAAUGUUCCUCCACGCCGGGUCUCAGCUGAUUUUGUCGGUUCCAGUUUGAAUGAUGUUGAAGAAUUUCAUUUUUCGACUGAUCUAAAAAAACCUAAAGAAAUCCUGUGGUGACACCUCGACUUUUCAUUCAGCAUUUCUUUCUCAGUAUCUUUUACCAUUUCAGAGUUAUAUUAAAAAAAAAAGAGCAGACUGAUAGAAGUGAGACCAACUCUUCAACAGCACUCAAACAGUGAACCCUCCUGCUGUAAAGAAACCGCAGAUCACCAGUGUUCUCCAUGAGUUUCUCAACUCCUCCAGGAAUAUUUCUACACACUUCCUUUUUCUUUUCUGCAUUGUAUUUUUUUUCAUAAUUUUCCUGACAUUCAGACCUUUCCCUGACCCUCCUGGCGUUCUCUGCACAUUCCGGGAAUUCUCCGGCGCUCCCCCCGACAUUCCCAUGACGCUCUCCUGAGGUCUCCGUCUGCUUUACGGUUUCAGUCUGUUGCUGUUCUGACCAGCCGGAGAGCUCACUCAGAAGUCUGUGUUUUUCUUUGUGUGAUCCGUCAGUUUGUGUUGACUCGAUCGCUGCUUUUGCUGCCAAAGAUUGUUUUCUGUGUGACGAUGUGACAUUUAAUCAAUAAAACCACAAAACCAGG